CUAACUGUAGCACAAUGGCAGGCAGCAGCUAGCUAGCUAGCCGGAGAGCGCAGCUCAUCAGGCGUGCGUGUCCUGCUGCUGCGUACUAGUAGGAUCGAGUAGCUAAGUCCACACACUUUGUAGCCUACAAUGAUGUCGUCGCAAACCUCAGCAGCUGUGCUAAUACCAGUGGCGCUGAUGGUGGUGAUGGAGGCGUUGCAGCUCGCCCCGGCAGCCGCAGCAGCAGCUUCGGCGCCGCCACCGCAGAAGGCAUCUGUGAUAGGGAAGCCCAACUGCAGCACCACCUGCGGGAACGUGAGCGUGCCGUACCCCUUCGGCCUCGGGCCCUCCCGCUGCUAUUGGCGGGGGUUCAACCUCACCUGCGACACCAGCUACAACCCACCACGGCUGCUCCUCGGCGACGGCACCCUCCGGGUCGCCGACAUCUCCCUGGAGAACACAGCGGUCCGCGUCAUGCGCGCCGGCUCCAUCAUCAACGCGACCGGGGACGACUUCACCUCCGACGGCUGGAGCGGCUCCUUCGGCCGCGCCUUCACGGAGUAUGGCUACCUGCUGGCGGUUGGAAAUAAUGUCGUCGUCUUCGGGUGCGACGUUGUAGCGAUGCUUCUCGUACAACAAGGCACUGACGAUGGGGAAACCCCCCCAGGAUUCAUCGGCGGCUGCGCCAGCUUAUGCACUAAGGCGCGCAAUGAAGACGACGAAGUCUACACAAAUACGUUCGAUGUGAUAAGGGUCACAGGGUGCACCGGCACCUCAGGCUGCUGCCAGUCGCCCGUCACCAUGAUCAGCAUGCCAAGUGAAGUGCAGGCCAAGCGACUCUACAGCGGAAGCGCCGCUGUAGAGCAGAAGAAGCACUGGCCAGUGAACGUCUUCGUCGUGGAGGAGGGGUGGAUCGACCAGUUCAACUGGUCGGUGCGCGCGGACGAGGUCAAGGAGGCUCCCUUCAUCCUCCAGUGGGGCGUCACGUGGGGCCUGCCUCAAGCCCCGCAACACCAUGGCCUAUGCGAUGACGGCGUACGCCGCAUGCUGUGCAAGAGCGAGCACAGCUACUGCUCGACCGCCUUCCCAGCGGAAGGCUAUACGUGCGGUUGCGACCGGGGUUACCAAGGCAACCCUUACCUCCCCGGCGGAUGCCAAGACAUGGACGAGUGCAGUCUCCCAGCUGAAAUGAAUGGGUGCUUCGGCGAAUGCAUCAACACCAUCGGAUCAAUGGAAUGCCGGUGCCCGUAUGGAACUUUUGGCAACCCCGGAGUGAAAGGUGGCUGUUUCAAAAUCAACUCCACUGCUACAGCGGAUGCACUGUUGCCUACGGUGGCUCCUGCGCCGAAUGGGCUGCCUGACUGCAACAUCACCUCCUGCGGCAACGUGAGCGUGCCGUACCCCUUCGGCUUCGGGCCCUCCCACUGCUACUGGCCGGGGCUCAACCUCACCUGCAACACAAGCUACAGUCCCCCACGGCUGCUUCUCGACAGCAAAGGCAUCCUCCAGGUCGUCGACGUCUCCUUGCAUGACUCCACGGUGCGCGUCGUCCACCACACCCGCAUCGUCGACGACGACUUCACCUCGGACCCCAACGGCACCACAAAGGCUACGAGCUUUCAGCUCCCGGACAUCGGCGAAUCCUACAUGCUGUCAGCCAGGAACGAGUUCCUCUUCUUUGGGGACGGUGUGCAGGCCACCCUGUACGGGAACAAGUACAGAAACGGCGGCAGCAGCAGCAUCAUCGCCGGCUGCGUCGCCAACAUCAGCUCCGGCCCAUACCGCCACUGCUCCGGCAGCGAUGCCUGCUGCCAUGCACCCAUCUUAGCGGGCAGCUCGCCCGAGAAAAUGGAGUUCAAAGUCGGCGUGAACUCGGUCCUAAUAAAUGAUAUGCCAUUGGCGUUCAUCUCAGAGGAGGGAUUGACUAAACAGUGGUGGGACAUGAUCUUCGACACGACUUUGAACAUGCCCAUGCCCCGUUACUUCUCAUCUCCCCUUGUUCUACAGUGGGCGGUUAAGCAAGGCUUCUCAGUGCCUGCAGACAACUCGGCGCAGUGCCCCGGGGACGUAGCCAGCCAGCUUUGCAAGAGCAAGGACAGCGGCUGCCGGCAAGAGAAUGGAGGCUUUACGUGCCACUGCAACAAGGGCUACCAGGGCAACCCUUACAUCACUGACGGAUGCAAAGAUAUCGACGAGUGCAACAUCACAGCAACAAGGUGCUUUGGCGGCAUCUGCAAGAAUUUGCCUGGAAAAUUCAAGUGCCAGUGCGAGCUAGGAACAUUUGGAAAUCCCUACAAACCCCCUGGCUGCGUCAGCUUAUCCACUGUUUUGUCUAAAUUCAUAACCAAAAAUAAAAUUGGUUUGUCAGCGGCUAGUGGCCCAGUGCUUCUGCUCGUGGUUCUGGGAAUAAUGUUAGUACCCCGUAAGAUUGAACAGCAUAAGAUGAAAAUAUUGAAACAAAAGCACUUCAAGCAAAACCGUGGACAAUUGUUGCAACAGUUGAUAUCACAAAAGGCAGACAUUGCGGAGAGGAUGAUCAUACCACUGGAUGAGCUUGCAAAGGCAACAAAUAACUUCGACAAAUCUCGGGAGCUUGGUGGUGGAGGGCAUGGUACUGUUUACAAAGGAAUCUUAUCGGACCUACAUGUCGUAGCCAUCAAGAAGUCAAAGAUUACGGUCCAGAAAGAAAUAGAUGAGUUCAUAAAUGAGGUAGCAAUCCUCUCACAAAUCAACCAUAAGAAUGUGGUCAAACUCUUUGGAUGUUGCCUGGAGACCGAGGUGCCAUUGUUGGUUUAUGAAUUUAUUUCCAAUGGAACCCUUUAUCACCAUCUCCAUGUUGAAGGACCAAGAUCACUAUCAUGGGGCAACAGGUUGAGGAUCGCAACUGAAAUAGCUACUUCGCUUGUCUAUCUUCACUCAGCAGUUUCAACCCCAAUAAUCCAUAGAGACAUCAAGUCCAGUAAUAUACUUCUUGACGACACAUUGACGUCAAAGAUAUCAGACUUUGGAGCUUCAAGAUAUAUUCCGAUGGACAAAACAGGGUUGACAACAAGAGUUCAGGGGACAAUAGGAUACUUGGAUCCAAUGUACUUUUGCACCAGCCGCCUUACCGAGAAAAGCGAUGUCUACAGCUUUGGUGUAAUUCUCGUGGAGCUGCUCACUAGGAAGAAACCAUUCUCGUUUCUAUCCACUGAAGGUGAUGGCCUUGUUUCCCAUUUUCUCAACCUACUUGAUGAGGGAAAUCUUAUCCAGGUAAUAGAUCCACAAGUUACAGAGGAGGGAGGCGAAGAAGUCCAAGAAGUUGCUAUGCUUGCAGCGUCCUGUAUAAACUUAAGAGGUGAGGAAAGGCCAACAAUGCGACUGGUGGAACAUACCCUAGAGGGACUACGGGGUUCCAAGAUGUAUAAGAAUGAUGAUAUAGUAGCAGUAGAAUUCGGAGAUGAUAGAAUUGUGGUUAGUUGUCCGUCAUCAACUAAAGAAGGCCAAAGAUUUGAGGAAUCAAGCAGAAGAUACAGUUUGGAGCAGGAGAUGAUAAUGUCUGCAAGGUACCCUCGGUAGCAUUGAGUGAUCUGUGCCUUAUGCAUUAGCAUAAGAGAUUAGUUAGCUUCUCCUAGCUGUAAUUUGGUUCUUCUUGCCAUUGCUUUCUUUUGUUAGUAUGAUUCAGCUUCACACUUCAAUAAAAAAAUGGAUACCAGAAUCAGAUCAGAGUUGGUACAUUACUAGAUUUGCUUUGUCUUUGUCGUAGGGCAGUAGGACCUUUUUCCCCCUGAUGAAAAGAAUGCGGAAAUUAUGCAUUGUGCGUCA